GCCCCCUUCUUCCGGAAGUCAUGCGCAUCGCCGCUUCCGCCGCCGCCAUGUCGCUCGCUGUCCGCCUGGCCCGCUCCCUCCUGCGUUCCCCGGCCCGGCCUGGCCCGGCCCAACGCGGCCUCAUCUCGGGGCCGCCACAGGAGCCGCUGGGGCCCGGGGAAAGCGUCGUGGGUUUCAUCGCCAUGUUCGCCGUCUGCUUGGGCCCCGCCGCCUGGGUGCUCGCCCACCUCGAGGACUAUAAGAAAGGGGAGUGACCUACCCCCCUUCCCAUCCUACCGGGACCACCCACCGCCGGGACCACUCAGCACCGGGAACACAGGGGACGCCGCGCCGGGACCUUCCCCCUUCCCUUGCACCGCCGAUGGGACCCGACCGACCGACCCCCCCCCACCCCCCAAUAAAGGCCGCUAACGCCGA